CUUUUGUUGAUAUCAGAAAUAUGAAAUGGUGGUGUGAUAACGAGAGACGUCAGAAAAUACUUUUAGCUAUUGCUGUUGGAAUGGAAAGUGUAAAUUUAUACGUUUAGAAGUUAUACGUGAAUCGUGAAUUGAAUGGAUCUCAUUAUAUUUCUGAUUGUAUUGCAGAUCUGAAACGGACAUUAAAGUAUCAUUCUAUCAUUCACAUCCCAGUGAGUUUCUCCUGUGGUCUCCAUGUCACUCCCUAGCAUGCCUCUUUUCCACGUCAUUUUUCAAACCUAACACUAGAAUUUUACGCGCUCUUUCUUCGAUAGCGUAAACUAAUUUCCUAAAAAACUAUAAUAUAUCAUCUUCACCCCAAGUUUUUCCAUCAACAAUGCCUGUCUCCCGGCCUCCCACAAGAUUUGCCCACACCAAUGGUCACACGGACCUUUGUUACUCUGAUGAUGGACAGCAUAUUCUCACAAGUGGAUCAGAGGGUGAUAUCAGAAUAUGGACAAGUCCAACUGAUGACAACCAGUUUGAUAAAUGCAUAGGGGAUGUCGUCUUUGCAGUUGCUCAGAAGUGUGGGAAGAUUUAUGUUGGUGCUGAUAACAACAGUGUCCAGAUUUUUACUUAUCCUGCUGCAGAACUGGAUGGUAUGCUCACCCGUUUCACCGCUCCUGUCACUCACAUUAGUGUUACUCCUGAUGGAAAAUUUGUCGCUGCAUCCUCACGCGAUAUGCAGGUUCAUGUUUGUAACACAACUACAGGCACAGUGACAACAUUUACCGGUCAUGUUGCUCCAGUUUUGAGUGUGGCUAUGGAUCCUCGCCAUGAAUAUGUCGUAUCAUCGAGUUGUGAUGGGAGUGUCAGAGUUUGGAACAUAGCAGAUCGGACUGUUGUAAAAAAAUGGGAGGAUGUUCUUCCGGCGAGCAAAUCUUUCACGCUAUCCAGGACGCUCUGUCGAAUGUCAUGGCAACCAGUCAAAGGAUACUAUUUGGCUGUUCCAUUUGGAGAGGAAAUUCAUAUUUUUGAUCGGAAAGUAUGGGAAAAAAAAUUCACCGUGACCAGUUCGAUCAUGUCAUCCCAGUUAUUUUCGAUUUGCGCCUGGUCUCCAGACGAACAGUUUUUGGCUGCUGGAACAACAAAUGGUGAUAUUUUAUUUUGGAGUCUGAAAAAAGGGAAAGUGACUGAAAUUAGUUCCCAGAAGAAGAAAGGCUCCUCUGUUUGUGGGUUGACCUGGAAUCCAGAUAUCGAAAAGAAAGAGUUAGCCUACAGUGACACAGAAGGUCAUUUUGGAGUUGUCGAGAACUGUUGCUCAGAGGAAAUUCUAGCAUCUGAUUUUGAGAUGGAAGAAGAGCUGAACAUGAAAGCUGCUGGUAGGGAGAAAAAUAAACUCAAGGAAAGUGGUGUCGAAGAUCUUUUCUCUGAGCCCCUUGAAUUUGAUGAUGAUGAAGAAGACGAGAAUGAUAUAUCCCUUGAUAAGAUCAAGUCACAGUACCCACUUGAAGAAGAUGCAUUGAGCACCAAAGAUGCACCCUCUGUUCGGGAGGGAAGCGAAAGCAGGCUAUCAAACAUCAGCGCUGUUGAAAAGCCUAUUCUUCCUCAGCUGUACCUGCAGGCACCUUUCCAGCCGUCAUCCACCCCGCUUCACCUGAACCACCGCUUCAUGUUGUGGAACAAUGUUGGUACCCUCUAUCAUUACAAUACUGAAGAAGAAAAUGCCAUUCAAGUUGAAUUUCAUGAUGCAGAAUUUCAUCAUCACUUUCGAAUUGACAAUAUUCUUGGUCAUCAUAUAGCUGCACUGAGUGAGCAUGCUUUAGCCCUGGCUUGUGAAAGUCAGAAUGAUACGGCUAGCAAACUUGUAUGUGUGCUGCUGAAAGCGUGGGAUGGCAGCAAAGAGUGGAGUGUAGAGUUACCGGGUGAAGAGCAAGCGGUCAGCGUGGCAGCAGGAGACAGUUGGGUAGCUGUUGCAACUGAUGCCAGGAUUCUGAGGAUCUUCAGUCUAUCCGGUUGUCAAAAGCAAAUCAUCUCCAUACCAGGACCGACCAUUUGCAUGGCCGGUCAUGGCAGAAAACUUGUGGUCGUCUAUCAUGGUGGAACACCAAUUCCAGAUGACCAAGCCUUGAGCUACAUAGUUUAUGACACAGACAGGCUUUAUUCAAGCUCCUUAUCGCAACCUCUACCAAUAGCUCCCAAGUCUGAACUGCGGUGGUUAGGCUUCACAGAUGAAGGCUCAGUUUGCAUUACAGAUUCCUCCGGCAUGCUAAGAAUUUUAGUUAACCGUACUACCUGGCAGCCGAUUUGUAAUGUUGAUGCACAGACCAAAAACAAACUUGAUCAUUAUUUUGUUUUAGGUGUAAGUGAGACUAGUAGGAAGAUUAGAUGCCUACUUUGUAAAGGAGCUAUAUACCCUCGCACAACGCCCAAACCAAUUGUCACUGAAAUUUCCUGGCAAAUUCCUUUAUGCGAAGUUGAUUGUGAGAAAGGACAGUUGGAAGAUAAAUUAUGGCAAUUAAUCCUAGUCAAACGUAAUUUAGAGGCUCUUGGAACCUUAGGUGGCUCAUACCUAGAUGCAAAGAAAAUGAUCAGCAAAGACAUCUUGACAAGUGGCCUCAAGCUUUUUGCCUUGGCAUGUAAAAAUGAUUCCGACAUGCGAGCAUUAGAAGUUGUUGAAAUGAUUGGAGACCCAGUGUUCAAUAAUUUAGCGAUUAAGUACGUUGAAAAUAGAGGAAAAACUAGUUUGAUCAGUCGGUUAUCUGAACUAGAUUGUAGGAAUUUGAAGCGAGAGAGAUCCCCAUCUCCAGACUUUCAAAGGCAAAAUCGAUCUACAAACUCAGUCCAUCGUAACUCUCUAAGGGAGCCACCAUCUGUAAAUAUAGCAAACAAUGAACUAUCUCAGGAUGUUUUUGGUGAGGAAAACGAUGAAAAUCGGGAAGACAAUUUGAUCGUUGCGUAUAAAAAGAGGAAAGCUGCGGAGAGCCUUUCAUCAGGCAUAUCUCCAUCACCACAAAUUAUCAAUCCAUUUAAAAAGAAGAAUGUAAGCGGAGGAAAUGAAGGUCUAGAUGCCUUGGAUGUCGUCAAGAAAAAAGAACCUGUCCCCAAAAAUAGCUUCAGCCUUGACAAAAAAAUGUCAAUGCGCAAAACGAAAAAAGAUGCUGAUGCAGCAAAACCAAACAAAAAAAUCACAUUUCUGGAAUGGUUUGAAAGUGAAAAAUCGAAUUUACAAGAAGAAUUUCCAGAGCUUGACCUAUCAGAGUUAUCAAAGACUGCAAUGAAACGAUUCAAAGCCUUGAAGUCCUCAACGCAAUUAGAAAAAGCUAGUCAAAAUUCUACGAAAGAACGAGACUUGAAAUCGUUUUUCUCUUUCGCCUCGUCUCAAAGUACUAUUCAGCCUGAAGAGUCUCAGGGAACAAUCAAUGAUACAGAGAUGAGUGAAGCACCCAUGUCUGAUGCAACAAUGUAUGAGACUCCACUAUCAGAAGACAUCAGUGUAGAAUAGAGUUAUUUAUUCAACGUGUAAUUUAAUUAGGAAUCGUGUAAAUAUCAAACAUUCUGUAAAUUAUGUACUACGCCUUCCCUUUUUUUUAUCUUUAAAUUGUUCAAUUUCUUUUUCUUCUUUUUUUAAUUGCUGAUUGCAGAAUUAGAUUGAUUAGAUUAGAAAAAGCUUGUUAUCUCAGUUCUUUUUAAUUAUACUUUUUUAAAUUAUUAGCCAUUUUUUUUAUGGUUACAGACGUCACUGGCAAACCUUAUGAACGUCACCAAGUCAGAAAAAUGUAGGUAAUUAAUGCAGUCAAUUUUGGGAUUUUAAGUUGCUAAAUCGUAGCCAAGCCACAAAUAAAGCAGGUUUAAUGUUCAAAGACAGGUUUUCGUCUGCAUUUUACUUCAUUCUCUCCAUUUCUGCCCAGACUACUAUCAAUUUUGACACUAUCUGCUUUGUAUACCCUUAGGUUAAAGGAAAUCAAAGAAUUGUUUGGAAAGAAAAAUUGAUGCAAUUAAACUUUAAACAAAAGAGAACAUACAUGUAGAUGUUAGUCCCAAAUGUAAAUGAACCAUCCAUUUGAAUGACUGAUACACUGGUAAUAUGUUUGGUUAAGAAAUAGGGACUGAAGUGGAAAGCAGAAAUAUAAAUAUUCCCAUAAAGAUUUCCAUGUCGGUUUGCAAGGAAUAAACUAUUGCAAAAGAGAUUUCUAGGUAAAAAACAAAAUUAAGGUGUAUAAGCUAAUGGGUGUGAGGCGACCGUUUUGUUACAAAUGUCACCAAAAUUUUUUUUCAGUUCCAGCAGAAGAUUCCAUGAAUGGCUCAGUAAGUGAGUAAAACUCAAGCAUGAUCUCACCUUCACCAUGUUUGAAAAAAGUAUCACUUCGUGAAAUGAUAGUACAUAUUUCAACUUUUACAACGUUUCUGUUACAGAAGUCAGACUUUUCAACUGGUUGUAGAUACCUGGAAAACUCAUUCAGUAGAUUUGUCUCAAUUUCUAAACUUGCAUGAGAAGAAAGUGGAGUGUCUAUUCUUGCUGUCAACAUAUUUUGGAUUUGGCUGAUACAUUAGCUUAUCAGAAUUUCAAGCAUCAAUUUGGGCAUCAAAUUACACACCACAUCACAGUACCCAACAAUAAAUAUGCAAAAAAUUGAAAGUAAAAUCGCCUUUAUAAGUAUCUCUUAUUUUAAUUAUAAAGAUAGUUUAUUUUUUUAGGUAGGAAACUUUUUAGAAAGUUGCUUUUGGGGAAGGAAACUUUUAAGCGCAUUGUUUUAUAUGCUGGAAGUCUUUCAAGCGCGCUUCUUUUGGGGAAGGAGGGUGUUAAGUGAAUUGUUUCAGGUAGAGGUGCAAUUAUAGCAAAAUAACAAAGUUUGGGGAAGGCAAAUUAUGAAUUAUGAGGAAGGCUAGGAACUUUCUGCACCCCUGGACGUUACAUGGUUCACUGUCAGAAUGCUCUUUCAAACUAAACGUAAAGAGAGCUUACCGCGGAUUCAUUUUGGCGAAUAAUCUUCAAAUGUUGUAAUUUCCUCAGAUAUUGAAUGUCCGACCAACUUAAAAAAUGGUAUUGGUCUAGAAAAUAAAUAAGUGAGAAUUAAUACAAUUUUGUAGAGGAAAACACAUUGUAACUAGCGCUUGUCAUAAUUUUUAUAAGACAUAUCAGUGAAAAUUUUGUGAAUUAGAUGGGCCCAUUGAAGUAAAGGAGGUCCAUCUGAGAGGAAAAACUCUCUUUGGAACUGCUUUUAUUUGAUGGAAUUUGCUUAUGAAAGGAGCUGUUUCAAGAGGAAAAAUCAUUGCAGAUAGAUUUGUUUUGGAUAAGUAGGUCCAAAUAUGAUUGUCAUUGAAAGCAUUUUUUCUAACAUUGCAAGAAGAGAUGUAAGUUUUUUUUUAAUUUCGCCAUCAACUUUUAAUUCUUGAAGUAUCUUAAUUAAUUUCAAAAGUUGGUUUCUUCACAAAAAUUAUACACCACAGAUUUCGUGGAAGUAAACAA